CCAGGCCCUGGAGCCCCUGGGGGCGGCGGCGGCGACGGCGACGGGGGGCCGAGGCGCGGGUUCCCCCCGCUGUCCUGCAGCGCAGCCAUGGGAGACUCGGGACGGGCCGGACCAGGCUGCCGGAGCCCGGAUAGUUCUUCUCUGAGCUCGUCUCCUCCGCUGCGGGGCACCGGGACGUCCCCUCCGCCAGAGCCGUCGGCCCCGCUGCACCCUUCCAUGAUCGGGUCUGCCAUGACCACGUCCAUCAGCGGGCUGGGCUCUCCGUUCCCGGUCAUCAGCUCCUCCAUGGGCUCCCCGGGGCUCCCCGCCACUCCCUCCAUCGGCUACGGGCCGGUCAGCAGCCCCCAGAUCAACUCCACGGUGAACCUGUCGGGCCUCCAUUCGGUCAGCAGCUCGGACGACGUGAAGCCCCCCCUGGGCAUGAGGGUGGUGCCGGGCCACCCCCACGGCGGCAUGAUGCCCGGGAAGCGGCUCUGUGCCAUCUGCGGCGACCGGUCGUCAGGGAAGCACUACGGGGUGUACAGCUGCGAAGGCUGCAAGGGGUUCUUCAAGCGCACCAUCCGGAAGGACUUGACCUACACCUGCCGGGACAACAAGGACUGCAUCGUGGACAAGCGCCAGCGCAACCGCUGCCAGUACUGCCGCUACCAGAAAUGCCUGGCCACCGGCAUGAAGCGCGAAGCUGUGCAGGAGGAGCGCCAGCGCGGCAAGGACAAGGAAGGGGAGGGGGACCUGGCCGGGGGCGGGGCCAACGAGGACAUGCCCGUGGAGAAGAUCCUGGAGGCCGAACUGGCCGUGGAGCAGAAGUCGGACCAAAGCCUCGACGGAUCCGGCACGGGGGGCACUUCGGUGAGUUGGGGCGGUGGUGCUGCGGGAUCAGAGCGCUCACCCCGGACCUUUGACGCCAACGAGCCCAACGACCCGGUGACCAACAUCUGCCAGGCUGCCGACAAGCAGCUCUUCACGCUGGUAGAGUGGGCGAAGCGGAUCCCCCACUUUUCGGAGCUGCCCCUCGACGACCAGGUCAUCCUGCUCCGGGCUGGCUGGAAUGAGCUGCUGAUUGCCUCCUUUUCCCACCGCUCAAUUUCGGUGAAAGACGGGAUUCUGCUGGCCACGGGGCUCCACGUGCAUCGCAACAGCGCCCACAGCGCCGGCGUGGGCGCCAUCUUCGACAGGGUGCUGACCGAGCUGGUGUCCAAGAUGCGAGACAUGCGGAUGGACAAGACGGAGCUGGGCUGCCUCCGGGCCAUCAUCCUCUUCAACCCGGAUGCCAAGGGGCUCUCUAACCCCGGUGAAGUGGAGCUGCUGCGGGAGAAGGUGUACGCCUCGCUGGAGUCCUACUGCAAGCAGAAGUACCCCGAGCAGCAGGGCAGGUUCGCCAAGCUGCUGCUGCGCCUGCCCGCCCUGCGUUCCAUCGGGCUGAAGUGCCUGGAGCACCUCUUCUUCUUCAAGCUGAUCGGAGACACCCCCAUUGACACCUUCCUCAUGGAGAUGCUGGAGGCCCCGCACCAGAUGUCCUGACCGCCCUCCGCUGCCCCCGGGAACGUCUCGCGCACCACCGGCCAGGGGAUUGGCGGCCAGGGAGACUCCGCCGGCACAGGGCCCCCCCCCGGACUGGCGCCCUCCGCACACCUCUCUCCUCGUGACGCUGCGGCCCGUCCCAUCAGCCACCCACCACCACCACGUCCUGGAGGCCUCCUUCAGAAGGCCGCUCACGCCGGGGGGGGGGGGCGUUUUUCUCCCCAGCAGCUGGAUUUUAGGGGCUUGUGUAGAACGUGGGGGGGGGCUGUCCGUUUCUUUGCCCCCUUUGCCCGUGUGGGGGAAGAGGCCACUAUCCCAAAAUCGGGUUUACGGGCAAGGUACUACGUUUCAGGGGGCUGCCUUUGUUUCGGUUGGGGGGUGUCGCGACGCUCCCUCCGUGCUUUGAGGUGGGUGAGCAGAGGGGGCCGCGGGGCCUGAAUGGGAAGCGUCUUCCUUCUGUCUGUCUCUCCUUUCGACUAGUCGGGUUGCUUGUGGGGCAGGGGGGGCUGGGGGGCCGGGCACACGCCCCCAGCAAAGGAGCCUGGAUCCGCGCGGCAGAUUUGCAGUCCUUACUUCGGAACGUGUGGGGCGCAAACCCUCCCAUCCUGUCCUCCGUCCGUCCGUCCGUCCCCCCUCGGCCCAGAGCAGGGCUUCUUAAAAAAACAACCGCUUGGGGCAAAGGCUCCCGCCUCGCUAACGGUCGUGGAACGGUCUCCUCGUCCUCCUCCUCGGUUCUCUUCGCCCCAGAGGAGCUGCCGAAGUCAGGGCUGGUGAACCAUUACACCUCGUGUGUGUAUGUGUGUGUGUGUUAGUGGUGGGUGAGGCAAGAGCCGGAAGUGGGCGCCCCCCCCCUGCCCGCGGAGGACUUUUGAAAGUGGGCCGCCAGUUGCCCACCCUUGCCCCUCCGCAGCGCCCCCCUUCCGGGUCUGGUUUAGCACUUUGAACGUGGCCGGUGUCCCUCAUCUAUGCAAGGAGGUGUGGUGUUUGGGGACGGAGGAGGAGGGAGGAGACAGUCUGUGGGUGGGUGGGUCGCCCUGCCUGCCUGCCUGCCUGCCUGCCUGCCUGCCUGCAUGCUCCAGGUCCCAAAGAGGGGGAUUCGAUUCCGCCUCCUUCACCCAGUAUGUCCCGAGCGAGAGAAGCAUCAAGGAUUUGGUACUUGCAGGCCCUGCGCGCCUCUAGGCAUAAUCUCUGGGGGUGGGGGGUAAUGUGGGGGUGGGGGUGCUGCAUUUCCCUGUCCUUUAGAGUGUGUGUGUGUGUGUGUGUGUGCGCGCGCAGAAAAUAAUACCCGGUUGAGAUGUUUAACCCUCCCUCCAGUUGGGGCAGGAGAAACAGCCGGGGCCCUCUUUGGGGCGAGGGGGGGUCCCUUCCAAGCACGCUGCUCUCUUCCUGCCCCCUCCCAGCCUGUGCAUGCCCAUAUUCAUUCACUGCUUCCUCUCUCUCCCCCCCCCCCCACCCCACAACACCCCCAUUUAUUUGAACUUCUGUUAAUCUCCCUCCCGUGGAUAACUGCUUUUGGAAGAUGUUGAUUUAAUAAAAGCUGCUCUUUUCUGGUGGGCCCCGUGUCCCCCCACCCUCA